AUGUCACCUUUGCUCCUUCGCACCAGCAAGCUUCGUCUGUCUUCAUUUGGAAAUAAAAGGACACGACCCGCCCUAGUGCCUAGACCAGACCCACCCAGGCCGCCGAGGCGCCGCCUAGAUCCGCCCAGGCCGCCUAGGCCCUCCCUAACUCCGUGGUGUCGGUGUCCUCUCCCGCCUAGUGCUUAG